GCCACGCCCCUUCAUAACCUCACUUGUUUGUUAUUGUUUCCAAUUUCCAAAUCAAAAUAGAAAUUGCAUUUAAUCGGAAAAAUGCAAACUGCAACGGGCCUCAAUCCGAAAUUAAUGGCCAUCAACAAUGUGACGUCAUGUUUGUACAUCUUAAUAUUGGUUUUAUGGCUCCAUUUGACCAAUUCCUUAUUUGAUGUGGGGCACUUUAAUAAGACAUACCUGCAAUGGGUUCUACUGUUCGCCGAAGUGGUCAAGUAUAUAAUUUUUAAUCGUUACAACAGCAAGGAGGUGAAGAAGAACGAAACCAAAAAAAGUAAAUCACCAGGAGUGUUUAAAACUGUUGCAGUUCUACUUGGGAUGAUCGCCACCUAUUAUGUGGUCGCUGUGUUCUUUGGGGCCCCAUUUUUCUCCAAACAGCAAGAAACUUUCACUUUUGCCCUUACUAUGACCAUAUUGACUGUGCUGCCUUGUUCCCUAUACCUUGGCGGUGAUAAAUCAGUUGCACUAAUGCUCUCUUUGGCCUCGUUAAAUAUUACAGAGCAAUACAAGCAGUUUCUUGCACUCAUGCAAUUUACUUGUCUAGGUGCUUGGCUUGGGGCAGUCGUAAUACCUUUAGACUGGGAUAGGACUUUUCAAGUGUGGCCAGUGCCGUGUAUCUUGGGUGCAUUGGCGGGGCUCUUUUUUGGACAUUUUGUGUUGUUGGUACUUUAUGUGUUUGAAAGGAAAAAUAAGAAGAAAUUAAAAGCUGAAUGUUAGUUGAAAUGGUAAAUUAUGAUAAUCAGACAGUAUUAAGUAGAAUUUGUGUUUUAAAUUGUUUUAAUUAGAACUAUAAUGCUAUUUAUUGAAUAAAAUGCUAAACUGAAAAAAUA